AUGGCGUUUGAGGUGCCCAUGUCCCUCACCAACGGCCAAUCCCUCGGGUAUCCUGUGGCGUCUCAAAGAGCUCCCAGGGACGAGGAGAUUGCCAUUGGCGUCGGCAAGCCUUUCAGGGUGCACAGCGGGGAUGAGGUAAAGAGGCGAUACAGCUUCUACACCAAGUCCUCGGAGGUACUUCCACAGAUAGAAGAAGGCGGAUCCAGUCUUGAGGUCGCUUCUUCUGCUUCUGAUGGUACGGCGGAGUGGCCACCAGCACAGUCGGCUUGGUCGCCGAGUGCUUUCAACAGAGCUAGAGAGGAGAUGCCCGAGAUUCUCUUCCCGACCAAACUCAAGGAACCACGGCAGACUGCCAGCGCGCAAGGAGGGCGGGGGCAUUCCGCAAACCCUGACCUUGGCCACCAUCCUGCUGUGGCAGUCCUCCGACAUGGUGAGAGGCAGGACUCGGUCUUCGGCUCCGCCUGGCAUGGCACGGAGGAUUUCAAGCGGUACCCUUUCGAUUGUCCAAUCAGCGACCAUGCGGUCUUGGAGGCACAGCAGGCGGCCCAUAAGCUCCGCGGUUUUGCUGAUUUCGACGUUAUCGUCUCGUCGCCGUACUUACGCUGUGUGCAAACUGCCAUUGCCUUGGCCGAUGCGUUGGAUGUCAUGGUGCUCUUGGACUACGAGCUUGGGGAAGUCUUCGGCCCACCGGUCUUUGGGGAUUUGGGUCCAAUCCAGACCGGCCGAGCCUGGCGAUCCCGGCGGGAGCUUCAUGCUGCACUGCAGGACUGGAGCCCUGAGCUUCUCCUCGGCUUUUCGAAGCUCCCGGUUGAGCGAGUGCAUUGGGAGAAGGUCAUGGGGCGCCCACCCACCUGGGGCGAAAAGUUGAAAGACGCCCAUCAUCGUUAUGCCAAAAGGUUUCUGACGUACCUCAGUCGUGGCCGACGUUCAGGCAAAAGCAUGAUUCUCGUCAGUCACGGCAUUAUGGUGCAGACCUGCCUCAAAGUACUCCCUAGCACUUCGGCCUUGAGUGUGGCAUCCAUCCCUUUCUGUGCUGGACUGAUGGCGGGCCUUCGUCGCUUCUCGAUUCAGCAGAUCGUGGCCGAGGCCACCAACAAUGCCCACCCUGUUGACCUGACGGAGGUCAAUUCGCAGAGCCAUGAACCUGCGGAGAAAUGGCCCGAGAGGAAUAGCCCGAAGAAGUCAGCAAAUCGCCAUGUUGAAGAAGCACAGCUUCACACAUGGGAUGUUCAGGCGCUUGGCGUGCAGUUUGCCACCCCGAGUGCAUGCACGACGGCAUCAGCGAAGCAUCAGGAUGUGCUCGCGAGGCUGAAGGCUGGCAGCUUCUCCUGGGCCCAGCUCCAGCUUCUGCUCGGGCAGCUGCCGACGGAGCUGCCGCCUCAAGCCUUCCAAAGUACUGGCCCUGCUGAGCUUAGCGACUCUGCUACACAGGUCUCCAUGGAGUUCUUCAAGUGCCCAUCUCAGGGCUGGACGAGGCAGGACAGCGAGAAGCAGCUCAAUGCCACCGUCAUGGAAACACCGGUUCCACAACUGAGCCUUGAGGGCAGCCGUCUCCUGGGAAGGAGGCUCAGCCGAUGA